AUGGUAAUAGCAAAUAACAAAACACCAUGUUUUAUCUGUAAUGAAGAGAAAAUAACAUAUCCUUGUAAAGGAUGUUUAAAAGAAUUUUGUUUUAUGGAUUUAGCAAAACAUAAACAAAUAUUAAAUGAUGAAUUAAAUCAUAUUAUUAAUGAUUAUGGUGAAUUUAAACUAUCAAUGAAUGAACAAAAACAAAAUCCACAAAAUCGUUCACUAAUAAAACAAAUUGAUCAAUGGGAAAUGAAUCUAAUUGGCAAAAUUAAACAAAAAGCAAACGAUUGUAGAGAAAUUGUUCUUAAAUCAUCACACACAUUUAUUGAUGGUAUUGAAAUGAAAUUUAAUGAUUUAAGUGAACAAAUACAACAAAUUCAGAAAGAAAAUGACUUUAAUGAAAUUAAUUUGAAUUAUUUAUCAAAUCAACUAAGAAAAAUUAGAGAACAAUUAAAUAAUUCACCAAAAACUUCUAUUCAACAAAACUCACAUCCGUUUAUUAAUGAUAUUUCUAUUAUUUCAUCAAUAAAACCAAAAUGGGACAAAUUGAAACAAAAUGCCAUCACUGUGGCUGGCGGAAAUGGACAAGAGCAGAAAUUGAAUGAACUCAAUCAGCCUGUUGCAAUUUUUAUUGAUCAAAACAAAAAUAUUUUCAUCGCUGAUUCUUACAAUCAUCGUAUUGUUGAGUGGAAAUGUGAUGCAAAGGAAGGACAAAUCAUUGCAGGUGGAAAUGGGCAAGGAAAUCGAAUACAUCAAUUGAAUCGACCAACAGAUGUGAUUGUUGAUCAACUAAGCCAUUCGAUCAUCAUUGCUGAUCAUGGGAACAGACGAGUGAUCGAAUGGUUGAAUCAAAAGCAACAACUAAUUCUCAUUCACAAUAUUGAUUGUUCUCGUUUGGCAAUAGAUAAAUAUGGAUUUCUUUAUGUUUCCGACUGCAAGAAGAAUGAAGUAAGACGAUGGAAAAUGGGUGAAUAUAACAAUGAAGGAAUUGUAGUGGCAGGUGGAAAUGGUGAAGGUAGUGAACUCAAUCAACUAAAUCACCCAGGUUUUAUUUUUGUCGAUGGAGAACAAUCUGUUUAUGUAUCAGAUGCCUACAAUAAUCGUGUGAUGAAAUGGAGAAAAGGUGCACUAGAAGGAAGAAUUGUGGCUGGAGGAAAUGGGCAAGGAGAAAAUCUCAAUCAAUUGUCUCAUCCUCGAGGAGUAAUUGUUGAUGAUUUGGAAAAAGAAGAAGGUGAAGUUGUUGUUGGUGGAAAUGGUCAAGGAAAUCAAUCAAAUCAAUUCAAUGGUCCCGCUGGUUUAUCAUUUGAUGAUGAAGGAAUUCUUUAUGUUGCUGAUCGUUGGAAUCAUCGAAUUGCAAAAUUUGAAAUAAUUUUCAUAACAGUUCAAAUCAAAUCUGAAAUAUGUGAGAAUACAUCUGAAGAUGGUCCAUGUUCGACAGAUAAUAAGAUCGGUCAUAAAUGGAAACAACAUGCCAUCACCGUGGCUGGCGGAAAUGGAAAAGGACAAAAAUUAAAUCAAUUCAAUGGGCCUUCUGCAAUUUUUAUUGAUCAAAAGAAAAAUAUUUUCAUUGCUGAUGUCCAUAAUCAUCGUAUUGUAGAAUGGAAACAUGAUGCAAAACAAGGACAAAUCAUUGCCGGUGGUAAUGGCAAAGGAGAUCGCAUAGAUCAAUUGGAUCGACCAACAGAUGUGAUUAUUGAUCGACAAAAUCAUUCCAUCAUCAUUGCUGAUCGUGAUAACAGACGAGUGAUUCAAUGGAUGAAUGAAAAGCAAAAAAUUCUCAUUCAUAAUAUUGACUGUUCUCGUUUGGCAAUCGAUAAACAUGGAUUUCUUUAUGUUAAUGAUUAUAUGAACAAUGAAGUAAGACGAUGGAAAAUGGGCGAAUACAACAAUGAAGGAGUUGUAGUGGCAGGCGGACAUGGAAAAGGAGAUCAACUGAAUCAACUCCAUUAUCCUACUUUUAUUUUUGUUGAUGAAGAACAAUCUGUUUAUGUAACAGAUAGAGACAAUCGUCGUGUGAUGAAAUGGAGAAAAGGUGCCAAAGAAGGAACAAUUGUGGCUGGAGGAAAUCUGAAUCAAUUGUCUUUACCUGCAGGAUUGAUUGUUGAUGAUUUGGGUCAAAUCUAUGUGGUAGAUUUUGAUCAUAACCGAGUGAUGCGUUGGCGUGAAGGAAAAGAAAAAGGUGAAAUUGUUGUUGGUGGAAAUGGUGAAGGAGAUCAAUCAAAUCAAUUGAAUGGUGCCAGUGGUUUAUUUUUUGAUGAUGAAGAAAAUCUUUAUGUUGUUGAUGAUGGAAAUGAUCGAGUUCAAAAAUUUGAAAUAAUUGUGUGA